GAAGCUUCGGAUGACAACCAGGAAGUGAUUCUACAGACAACAAUCGCAAACUUCACUUCCAUCUCUACAGGUGCUGACACCCGCGGUCUUGGACUCGUCUCUUUGCGCGUCAUGUUUCAUGGAAUCCCCGCGCAGCCGGCAGUCGGUGCUCCUGGAAAUAAGCCAGAGUUAUACGAGGAGGUGAAGCUGUACAAGAAUGCCCGGGAGCGAGAGAAGUAUGACAACAUGGCGGAGCUGUUUGCUGUGGUGAAGACGUUGCAGGCCCUGGAGAAGGCUUAUAUCAAAGACUGUGUCUCCCCCAGCGAGUACACCGCCGCCUGCUCGCGCCUCCUGGUCCAAUACAAAGCCGCCUUCAAGCAGGUGCAAGGAGCGGAGGUCGGCUCCAUCGAUGACUUCUGCAGGAAGUACCGGUUGGACUGUCCUCUGGCAAUGGAGCGAAUUAAGGAGGAUCGACCAAUCACCAUCAAGGACGACAAGGGGAACCUGAAUCGCUGCAUUGCAGACAUUGUGUCGCUCUUCAUUACUGUGAUGGAUAAACUGCGUUUAGAGAUCCGAGCGAUGGAUGAGAUCCAGCCAGACCUCCGGGAGCUGAUGGAGACCAUGAACAGGAUGAGCCACUUACCACCAGAUUUUGAGGGCAGAGAGAAAGUCAGCCAAUGGUUGCAGAAGUUAAGCAGCAUGUCGGCCUCUGAUGAACUUGAUGAUUCCCAAGUUCGGCAGAUGUUAUUUGACCUGGAAUCUGCAUACAACGCCUUCAACCGCUUCCUUCACUCCUAACCUUGUGUGAUCUUGGAUCCCCCCCACAUCAGACAUUAUUCAUCUGGAUUACAGAGGCCACCUGAUUGAAGACUCUAUUUAUGGACAAAACCAUUGUCCAGCACCCAUAUUGAAUGAGAAGAAACAUGUCCUUCCCACCAGCUCCCCGGCACAGCACUGAAACUCCAUUACCCCUUUGGCCUGUCACUCAACAUGUCCUCUGAUCUGACUUCUUUGAUCCAUCACAAGAGAUCUUCCCCUAAGUGAUCCCUCCGAUCCAUCAAUGAACUUGUUUCCUUUGCUGACCCCUCCAGUCUACCACACAACAUCUCUCCUCUACCUGACUUCUGGCCUGCCACCUGUAUCUUUUCCUCUCUGACUUCUCGAGUCCAUCACUAGACAUCCCCCUCUUCCUUCAUGACUUCUCAAGCCCAUCACUAGACA